GCCGAUUCCCGUCUCCUCUUGAGCGGUGACCUCGGUCCAUGGCCUCUGCGAUGCGGUGGGUGGAUCCGGGCCCUUGGUUGCUGUCUUUAUGGCUCUUCCUCCAGAUGGUCGUGGGGGCGAGAGCCGGCUUUCCGUGCGCACCCAGAGUCGUCGGCCACAAGGCCAUGGUGUGCGUCUGUAACGCCACCUACUGCGACACUCUGGAUCCCGUCUCCCUCCCGCCCCUCGGCAUCUUUGCCAAAUACGAGAGCAGCCAAGAUGGCCGGCGCUUCGAACUGAGCCAAGGGGCAAUGCGUUUGAGUCCCACACGGGCAGAUAAACUAUGCUGGCCUUUGGGGUCCCAUGGAGUUAGCGUCUGCCCUGUCUAA